UGCACAGUGUCACAACUAAUUGGUGUCUCAGUGACUUCUCUGAAGUGUGUUUGUCCCAGUCAGCAGCUAUCUGCUGUGUUUCAGUGCACUGUGGCCAUUCAGAAUACUUCCUUUUUUUGUGUUGUGUGUUUUAAGGAUGCAGUGACAAUGACUUCCAGUAAAUGAUACUUGAAUCUCUAUGUCAUUUUUUAAAAAGUACUUAUUGUGUAACAAUAGGCUUAAGUCCUAUGGCCAUCUGAGGAGGAAGAUGUGUUUGUGGCAGGUUGACAGUGUGUGGGAGUUCAUUUAAAGAACUAAAUUUGCUGAUUCAUUGCAAUAUAGUUCUCAAAAUCACAUAAGACAGUCACAUAGAAGGAAAAAAAAGGAAUUACUUCUUGGGUUUAUGAGUGUCAAAGCACGCACACGUGUAGGUGUUGCUGUAUGUAAAUGCUGCACACUGUCUUAGGAAGGAGGAUGGGCUGAAGGAGGAGUUCUACUGUCGAGCAAAAAUCAGAAAAAAGCUACAGAGAGAUGAGAUUAGUUUACUGGACACAGGGCUGCCAUUGUUGUUGCCCAAGACUACGGCAUUCAGACUAAUUUAGGGGAAAAGGAGGAGAAGGGGAGGAGGAGGAGGAGGAGCAGGACAAGGAGGAAUAGGAAGCUUAGCUGGUGGUUACUGACUGGGAGGAAGGUGACUAAUAGUGACUGUCACUCAGCCUACUGUUACACUGGAGGGAGGAGUGGCGUCACAACCAGUGAACCACCAUAUGACUGCAGUAGUUGAUCGGGACCAGCCAGCAGACUGUCUCUCUCAGUGAGUGAGUGUUAUUAACACGUGGAUUACCAGAUUUCUCUUGGAUACAGUAUGUUGUCUUUGGGAUAGUUGGAGAGUUUGCUGAUCCCUCUACCUCUCGGGCUGGACUGCGGUGCAUUGACGUCGGCUCGCCCUCCCCUGCCCCCUCGCCCCCCAGCAAUGGCCUCGCGCAUCGGCCUGCGGAUGCAGCUGAUGCGAGACCAGCUGCAGCAAGAGGAGCAGCGUGAGAGGCAGCUACAGCAGCAGCAGAAUGCAACCCUGCAGUGCAUGCAGCAUCGCAUGGCUGGGCCACCUGCCCCGACCCCAGCCAUUAGCACCCCGCAGCAUUACCAAAGCAUGCAGGUCCCCAUGGAGGUUCUCAAGGUACAGACCCACCUUGAGAAUCCUACAGACUACCAUAUCCGUCAGUCUCUGAAGCAACAGGUGAAAGAAUACCUGUCUACCACCUAUGCCACCAAACAGACGGUGCAUGCAGCGGCAGGGCUGGUGCCGCCCUCUCCUCCUACAAGCAUGGCGCCUACGGGGGGUUCGGCGUCAGCUCCCCCACCACUCCACUCCCCACAUAUUCGCACUGAGCAGCUCAUGUCUGGUAACAGUGCCCCCAACAGUCCCAUGGCUAUGCUCAAUAUUGGCUCCAGUCAUGAGAAGGAGAUGGAUGAUGUCAUUGAUGACAUCAUCAGCAUGCAGUCCAAUUACGAUGACAUUCAGGGAUAUAUUGACCCUGUCCAGAUGCCAAACACACUUCCCCUGUCGAGCAGUCACCUGGAUGUGUACACAGGACCUGGGAUGAAGGGCCCAGCCAUCGCUAUGACCAGUAACUCUUGUCCUGCCAACCUGACCAUCAAACGAGAACUGUCAGAUGCAGAAGCCCGUGCGCUGGCCAAAGAGAGACAGAAGAAAGACAACCACAAUCUGAUUGAAAGGAGGAGGCGAUUCAACAUCAAUGAUCGCAUCAAAGAGCUGGGAACCAUGAUCCCCAAAACCAAUGAACUUGUGCACAGUGAUGUGCGCUGGAACAAAGGCACUAUAUUGCGGGCAUCUGUAGAGUACAUCAAACGCAUGCAGAAAGAUGUUCAGAGGACCAGAGAGGUGGAGAAUAACUUCAAAAGGAUGGAGAUGGCCAACAAGCAGCUGUUGCUACGCAUCCAGGAGUUGGAGAUGCAGGCUCGUCUGCAUGGCCUGCCCAGCAACUCUCCCUCUGGCCUGAACCCGACUGAGCUGAUGGCUCCUUAUAUAAAACAGGAGACAAGCCCAGAGGAGAACCUCUCUCAGCCCCAGGCACAAGCCCACCACCAGACCCAGCACUUACCCCAGAACCAGGCUCAUCCCCAGGCCCAGCAGCAUCACUUCCUCCCACACGCCCACCUCCACCACCAGGGCCAGAUUCAGCCACAGUCCAGGCACCUGCCUCCGCUCCCCCACCACCUGCAUCCCCAGCCACCCAUCCAGUUCCCAUCUGUAGGCAGCUCCCAGCCCUUUGACUUUGCCCAGUCGCUGGACAUGUCUGAUGGGAUUCCUGGCUUUUCAGACGGCAUGUCAGGGCUAGGUGACCUGGGCGGACUGGACGUCCAAGGAAGGAGAGGCGAGCUGGGCUUCCUGAUGAUGGACGAGCCCUUGUCCCCUAUGGGCGGAGACCCGCUGCUCUCUGCAAUGUCCCCUGAAGCCUCAGUCGACUCCAGCCGCAGAUCCAGCUUCAGCAUAGAGGAUGGAGACAUACUGUAGACACGUGUGCACACACACAUUCACUUACAUGAAGAGGUACAUGCAGAUGUUUCAGAGAGGUUGUGACACAAUAAGUGACUGUACAUCAGCUCAAACGCAACACAUUUAUAGCACAUACAGCAGGAAGGAAUCAGCCAUCAGCCGUGACAUCAUUCACACAGCACAUACACAUCACACCGGUGACACUCAUUUGUGGUACAAUUAUAUCAACAUAAUGGCACGAGCAAACAAUGGUACACAUUACUCACACAUUUGAAAAUAUUCUGUACGGUGCAAACGUUUGCACAAGCACAAAACUGAGCUGCAUGAAACUUUGCCCAACAGACUGAGAAUUUAUGAGAUGUGAACCGACUCUGCCAGGUCAGGAGUUAUUUGGCCUUGUAUCCAUAAAGGUGGCUCAGAAUUGUAAUUGAACAAGGGACAAAACCGGCAGUUAAUUAGAUUGAAGUUAUCAGAUACAACCGAGCGCCUUGUCUCACUUAAUAGAAGACUAGUUAUUUUCUCCUUAUAUCAGCCAAGCAACCAUAAAUGAUUGAAUGGACGAUAAUGAAUAAAAUGGAAAAAGCUGUAUGGUCCUGCAUGCAAAGUUUCUCUAAUGGGGAUGCAGUCCAGACACAUUGCUCUGUUCCUCAGUCUGUUGUUCCACAGUUUGCUUUAGUGUCUAGCACUAGUCAUUUGGUGUUUAGCAAAGAUCUGUGUUGGACUGUUUGGCCGAAGUGUAUUCUUAAAGUGUCAACAUUUUAGGGAAUAUUUUAAAAUUUACCGGAUGGACAACUUACUGUAGGCAGAAACCCUUUUCAUUUCUUUUAUCUUCAUCACUUCUGGUUCUAACUGUUGUCUUCUCACAAACAUGCUCACACACUCUGCUGUCCCCCAGUCUCUGCACAUUUAACAACUGACGCUGUCAAGUCCCGAAAAAGUCACUUUAAAGCAUGUUGACUGAGUGGAGAAAACCAUUUGAUUGUCUUCAGAAACAAAAAAAAAAAACAACAAAUUAAAAAGGUUUUCCAAAA